AUUUAUUGGUGAACUUGUCAAUUUUGGAGUGUAUGCCAAGAAGGAAGUGCUGCGUGCAUUGAAGCUGCUCUUAUACGACUUUACCCACCACAAUAUAGAAAUGGUGUGUUGUCUACUGGAGACAUGUGGAUGUGUAUUGUAUGCAGCAUCAGAUACUCACCUCAGCAUUAAGUACUAUCUUGAGCAAAUGAUGAGGUUGAAGACAAUUAUGGCUUUAGAUUCCCGGUAUGUGAUUCUCAUAGAGAAUGCAUAUUACCACAUCUUGCCCCCUGAGAACACUGUUCUACAACCACCCGUCCAGCUGACACCACUACAGCAUUAUAUCUCCAAAACCAUCUAUAGUGAUUUAAUGGAGCCCAAUUCAGAGACGAUGGUGUUGACUGUGCUGAGGAGUCUGGACUGGGAGAGUGAGGAGACAGCAGCCUACACGGUCCAGUGUCUCACCAAGGCUUUCAAUAUUGGUUAUUCUCGUAUUCGAGCUCUAGCCAGCGUCGUUUCCAUGCUGACAGACUAUCAGGAGGAGGGCGUCUGUUGUGUGGUAGAUGGAGUUCUAGAAGACAUCCGUCUUGGUAUGGAAGUGAACAAAGCUUCAAUGAACCAGAGGCGAGUUGCCAUGAUCAAGUAUUUGGGCGAGCUGUACAAUUACCGGCUGCUGGACACUGCAGAUAUACUCAGGGUGUUGUACUCCAUGUUAUCAUUUGAGAUGGUACAGGAACAGUCCAAGGUUGUUUGUGUUGAUCCUCCGACCAGUAUCAUCCCGGUUUACAUCUUAUACUGCUGUUGUUGA